AUGGCAGCAGCUCACGCGGACUGUUCCGGCCAGAAGGAGACGAUGGCAACUUUUCACCCGACUUUGUGGGGAGAUUACUUCCUUACACACCAGCCACAAUCUUCAGGGCAGCAACCUCAGAUGAGAGAAAGAAUGGAAGUUUUAUUGGAGCAAGUAAGAGCAAUAAUAAAAGAGUCAAAUGGAAUACAAAAAGUAAUGGAGCUUAUACUCUCGCUUGAACGACUUGGCUUGGACUACCACUAUGAGAAUGAGAUCGGGGAACUACUGGAUGUCGUUUUGAACUCUGAUUAUGAUGAUAAUAAUCUACAGUUGGUUUCACUUCGAUUUUAUCUUUUGCGGAAAAAUAGAUAUGAUGUCUCAUCUGAUGUAUUCAAUAAAUUUCAAGACAAACAAGGAGAUUUCUUUCAAUCAGAUACAAAUAGUUUAUUGAGCUUAUAUAGUGCAGCGCAUAUGAGGACCAAGGGAGAGAAAGUACUUGACAAGGCAAUCUAUUUCACUAAAAAACACCUCCUUGGCGCGUUAGAACAUUUGGAAUCACCAUGUGUAGAGGAAGUGUAUUUUGCUCUUCUUACACCUCCUUUUAGAAGGGUUAGGAUAUUAGAAGCAAGAAGCUACAUACCUUGUUAUGAAAAAGAGCCUACACGAAAUGAAGCCAUAUUGGAGCUUGCAAAAUUGAAUUUUAAUAUUCUGCAACUUCUUUUCUGUGAGGAGUUAAAGGAGGUCACCUUGUGGUGGCAGAAACUCAAGGUCGGAUCAAAUUUGAGUUUCGUAAGAGACAGAAUAGUAGAAACUUAUUUUUGGAUAAAUGGAACUAGCUACAAUCACAAAUAUUCUUAUUCCCGUAUUAUAGCUACAAAGAUCACUGCUUUCAUGACUAUAAUAGAUGACAUAUUGGACACCUAUGGUAGCACUGAAGAGAGCAUGCAACUUGCAGAAGCAAUUAAUAGGUGGGAUGAAGGUGCAGUAGAUGUGCUUCCAGAAUACAUGAAGGAUGUCUACUUAUAUUUGUUGGAAACAUUUCGUUCUUUUGAGGAGCAUUUAGGACCUGGGAAGAGCUACCGUUUCAAGAAAUUAGUUCAAGCAUACAGCGCUGAACUAAAAUGGCGUGAUGAAAAAUAUGUGCCGAAGAAAAUUAGCGAACAUCUUGAAGUUUCAACAAUAAGUAUCGGGACAUCUGUGGUAGCAUGUGCUUUUUUCGUUGGCAUGGAUAACAUAAAUGCAGACACUUUCAAUUGGCUUUCUAGCAAGACGAAACUUCUCAAGUCUUUUGCUAUAUUUGUACGGCUCACAAACGACAUGGCAUCAACACAGCGUGAGCAACAAGGGGUCCACUGUGCAUCUACUAUCCAAUCUUACAUGAAGGAGCAUGAGAUGACAAAAGAUGACGCAUGUGAAAAGAUAAAGGAACUUAUUGAGAAUUCAUGGGAAGAUAUGUUAAAACAUUAUUUGGAAUUGAUAGAACAACCAAUGGUUGUGCCACAAAUUAUACUUGAGCUUUCAAGAACUGUGGAUAACAUGUACAAGCAUACCGAUGCAUACACUAAUUCAAAGACAAUCAAAGAUACUAUAAGAAUGCUUUUUAUUGACCCAAUGGAAUAG